AGCAGCAAUAUCUAGGCGCAAUCACGACGGAGACUCUCACUAGUCACUCAGACGGUGAAACACUCAAAGCACCGCCCACCGCCUCCGCGUUCCGCCCCGAUCCGAAUAAAAACCACCGGUUUUAAAGAUCCGAAUACCAAAAUGGGCGGUAAAGAAGAACCGGAUUGUUAUUCGAGUUUAUGGUUGGCUCCGAAUCCAAGCAAGAGAUGGGGGGAGCUCUUCUUCCUUCUCUACACUCCUUUCUGGCUCACUCUCUGCUUGGGAAUCGUCGUGCCCUUCAAGCUCUACGAGAGCUUUACAGAAUUGGAGUAUUUGCUAAUUGGAUUGGUUUCCGCAGUCCCUGCGUUUUUGUUGCCAAUGCUCUUCGUUGGGAAGGCGGAUAGCAGCUUGGCUUGGAAGGAUCGUUAUUGGGUCAAGGCCAGCGUGUGGAUAAUAAUUUUUAGCUAUGUUGGGAAUUACUUUUGGACCCACUAUUUCUUCACCGUUUUGGGAGCUUCGUAUACUUUCCCAUCAUGGAAGAUGAACAAUGUACCCCACACUACCUUCCUUCUCACACAUGUUUGCUUCCUAUUUUAUCAUGUCACAUCAAAUAUAACACUUCGCAGACUACGCCAUUUUACUGCUGAAUGGCCAGAACAAGUUCAAUGGGUUGCUGAGGCUGCAUGGAUUUUGGCUUUUUCUUAUUUCAUCGCAUACCUGGAGACUGUAGCUAUUUCUAAUUUCCCUUACUAUCAAUUUGUGGACCGGGCGUCUAUGUAUACAGUUGGUUCCUUGUUUUAUGCGAUAUACUUCAUCGUUAGCUUUCCCAUGUUUCUUAGGAUCGAUGAGAAGCCUGGCGAUCCAUGGGACUUGCCUAGAGCGGCCAUUGAUGCUCUGGGCGCCGCAAUGCUGGUGACAAUCAUACUAGAUCUGUGGCGCAUCUUUCUGGGACCUAUUGUCCCAAUUCCAGAAACAAAACAGUGUCUUCAACCUGGACUGCCAUGGUUCCCGGGACACGCUGCCCAAAUUUGACUAGUGCUUGUGCAACCGGGGACCCGUAGUUAUUUCCCGACACCGGAAGAUUACCACGCUCAGGGAUUUCUUGCAGUUGCUGCUGCAAUGGUUACCGUACCAUGUUUGGAUGAGUGUAAUUUUAAUCUUAAGGACAUAAAAAGAAUUGUAUCAGAUUAUUUCAUAUGAUGCAUGUGUUGUUGUACCUUCAUAUCUUUUGACACCAAGGAUAUUUUCAUCCAAUGUGAAUUUACCGGUUUACCACUACAUCAAUAUGAAUAGCUCGUGCAAGU